CAUUUCCGGUGUAGCUGCGCCAGUGUACCCGUCGAAGGGACGCCGCUAGUCUCUCCCCGAGUGUCCUGCGGUCGGGCGGAAUCCGUGGUCGUUCGCCGGAGUUCCCGAGGGCGCGUGCUGGUGUCUCGCGGGCUCUUCGUUCGGGGGCGUGGGCUGGUUCUCCCUCUGCUUGGGGUGGUUGAGUCGCGUUCGGGAGACAUUUGGAGGAUUGUGUGUUGACGGAAAAAAAAGGAUUGGAAAUUCCCUUGCGCGGUGAGACGUUGUGGCGUUGACAGGAUGUAGAAAGGAAGAGAAGACAAUGGCCUUCCGUUUUAUUCUUGGAAGAUCUUUUACCAUCUUAUGAGCACUUUGUGACAUGGCAUUUGCGUUGUCUGUGAGAGGAAAAGAGAAAAAAUAAUGAGAAUGCAGAUAUACACAGUAGAAAAAACAAGAAUUAAGAACACGAAGGAAAGGACAGAAAUGGAGAUGAAAAAGCAUAUGGGGAAGAAAUAGUACAUAGAAUACCUAAAAGAGAGAGGGCGAGAGGCAAAAAAUCGCUUCUUUUUUUUUUAAGAAAGCAAUGGCGUUUCCAUUAACGCCUUCGAACGCAGCCUCGUCGGGAGGGAGUUUAUCGCCCUCGGAUCUCGACGGCGCCCUCGGAGUGUGAGAAAGGCCCUGCUCCGCCCCUCCUGCAGGAUGACGCAGCAGAAACAAAUGAGGGAUACCGAGAACGCCAUGGACCUCGUCGGGUCAGCCAAGAGAGCCCUGCGCUGGUGCCCGACGCGAGCGAUGCGCCGCUGGGGGACGCUGCUGCUGCUGUGGUGCUCCUUCUGCUACCUCGUCUUCAGGUUCUCUGGCCAGGACGAGUCGGCGUUCAACCACGCGGGCACGAUGACGGGCCGCCUCCUGCUGCAGAAGAUCGUGGAGACGCGCGCACCUCCGGUGGCCACCACGGAGGCUAGCUCGCCCAACGCCACCACGGAGUUCAACCCCCACGAGCUGGAGCCUUCCAUCGACAAGUCCCCCUCGCUCUCGGAGAAGGACCUGGCGGCGCAGAUCCAGGGCCUGAUCCCCAACCUGCCCGUGGAGUACUGGCAUAAGUACAAGGGCAAAGUCCUCUCCAAGAACAAGACCUGCGCUAAAUUCCCCUCCCUCUACGACCUCAGCUUCAACAACAUGUACUGGCAGACGCUGCAGACGAGCAACGGCACCUUCCACCUGUACGGCGCCUACUACGACAACCGGACGCUGGUGGCGAUGAAGCCGGUGAUCAGGGUCCUGGGCAUGAUCAACCGCCUGGAGCCGCGCGUCAAGACCUUCUGCCAGCUGUGGUUCGACGGCUACAAGGAGCCCGUGUUCGCCAAGGUGUGGGAGUACAAGUACAUCUGGUACAAGAAGUGGGGCAACUACAAGAACGGCCUCUUCCAGCCCUACCUGAUCGCGUGCCAGGUCCCCCCGGGCUACAGGCACCUGGUCCCCGAGUCCGUGUCCCUGGUGGAGCGCCCCUGCGACAUGGCCACCACCAACCUCAGGGUCAUCAACAACCGGCCUCCGAACGGCAAGAAGGAGGACUUCGCCGUGUGCGUGAAGGGGCUCGACUUCCUGCACGACGACCUGAGCGUGCGGCUGGUCGAGUGGCUGGAGAUGCUGUUCCUGCUGGGGGCGCACAAGGUGUUUCUCUACGACCUGGAAGUCCACCCCAACAUCUCCAAGGUGCUCAACUACUACGAGGAGCAAGGGCGCGUCGAGGUCACGAAGCUGACCCUGCCUGGCGAGCAGCCCAACAUCCCCGGCCUCAUCCACAUGUACCUCAAGUCGAAGGUCACGAACAAGAGACAGAACGAACUGAUUCCCUACAACGACUGCCUCUACAAGAACAUGUACCGCUACAAGUACAUUGCCUUGCUGGACACGGACGAGGUGAUCAUGCCCAAGAGCUCGAUGACGUGGAAGUCCCUGAUGGAGACGGUGGUGCCCAAGGCCCUCAAGACCAAGAAGGACCCCCGCGCGUCCUACAACGUGCGGAACGUCUACUUCAUGGACACGAUGCGCCACACCCACGGCUGGUUCAGGGAAAUCCCCCACUACAUGCACAUGCUGCAGCACGUGUACCGCUCGCGCAACUACACCAAGCCCGGCCAGUACGUGAAGUGCUUCCACGACCCGGGCCGCGUCCUCACGCUGCACAACCACUUCCCGCUCUCGUGCCUCGGCGGCGGCUGCUCUUCCUACGCCAUCGACACCGAGGACGCGCACCUGCAGCAUUACCGAGCCGACUGCGUGACCACCCUGAAGAAGUCUUGUUCCACGGAGUACAAGAACCACACCAUCCUCGACACCACCAUAUGGCGGUACCGGGAGCCGCUGGUGGGGCGGGUCACGGAUACCCUCGUGCGCCUGGGCUUCUUCAACCCGGGCACGGCGUCCAGACCCAACGACCCCCCCGCGUCGGCCGUCAGGAGAAAGUGAUCCUCCGCGCUCUAGUGAGUCGCCGAAGGUGGUGUUGUCCAUGUGCCUUACCUGGUGUGAUCCGCCCGCAGUCAGGGUCAAGCGUGUCCCUUCCGAGUCCCGAUAUCAUCCUCACUGUCAAGUCCCCCUCCCCUCCCUUU